AUGAAGCCUGAAAUCGGAACUACAGGGGUCUUAGUUGUAGCAUUAAUAGUCCUGUGUUCAGUUGGAUUUUCAAAAGCUGGUCAAAAAUGUAUGUACUGCAACAGAGCAGCCAACAUCAGCGAUUGUUCGACAAACAUUAUUGAGUGUUCAGAUGCCGAGGAAUGCUAUUUAGAGAAAAUCACCACACAGGAACUUAAAACGGCAUAUGUUGCUGGAUGUCGAUCAAACUCGGUGUGUGCACUUAUGCAAAGCUUGGGUAGCGGACGGAAAAGAAGUGACUACACUAACUGUGUAGAGUGCUGUAACUCGGCACCAACCACAGAACACGGACCUUGUAACGCUAAUCUGUGUGGUGAAAAGGGGGUAACAAAAGCUGGAUGUUUAGUUUGUGAUGAUUUGGUGAGAACGAAAGGAGGCUGCACAAAUCGCCAAUUGUGUCAAGAUACACAGGUUUGUGGAACAGCAAUCCACAUUGUUGGAGGGGAUGUGCUGUACAGAUAUUUCUGUGAAGAGAGACAUAUAUGUGCAGCUGCUUUGCAGAAUAACGUGGAUGGCCACAUUAUAGGAGCCUUGAACAAACGAGUCAACAGCGCUGAAAAUCAGGGUCUUGUCGUCUGCUCAGCCUGUUGUUUUGGCAACGAUUGUAAUCAAGAAGGCUGUUUAGAGUUGAAGAAAAAGAAUAUCACUGUGGAUAUGCUGGGAACUAGUCCUACUGUGUUACCUACCGCUGGGUAAAUCCUAUGUUUUCAUCUCCCGUGUCAAAGUAUUUUAAAUUUGUUGUAUG